AGAGGCGGGCCGGAAAGCGCAAGCUCCACAUAAAACUAUCUUUCGCUUCUCCGCCUCGCCCACCUCCGGUCCAUGGUAUACCAUGCUGCUGGCGGCCGCCGCUGCUGCCGCGCCGGACCACCCCUUCUUCUUCCUCUCCCGCCGCCUCCCUCCUCCGCCGCUUAGUUUCUUCGCCGCGAGAAGAGCCGCCGCCGGCGGCGGCUCGGCCGUCUCGCCGCGGGCCCAGUUACGCCGGUGUCGCAGUCAGACUCGGAGCCAUCACUCCUCCCACUGUCGCUCUCAUUCUUCUCCUUCUUCCUGGUGCGGCAAUGUGCACGCACGCCGGAGCCGCCAUUGCCGGGUUGGUGCGACGACGCCUGACGAGCUGCCGCCGGGGAGAGGCGGCAGUUACCAUCCGUCUGAGGAUAUCGCGGAGACGCUGCAGCUGAACGACGGCGAGCCGGCGCGCCUCACCGACGCUGAAUCCGCCCGAACAAUCGUCGAGGUGCACAACAAGGCGACGGUGAUGAUAUCCACACUCAUAGACGACGGUGUGCACGAAAGGAUCAUCUUGCCAGAAUUCCCCUACUUGACCGACGAGAAUGGAGAUAUUUACUUCGAGGUCGACAACGAAGACACCGUCAUGGAAAGCAUCAUGGGCGACGACAAGCUUGCGCAUGUUAUCAUUGGAUUGGAUAACACAGAGGUCUUUGCCGACUUGGAUCUAGCAGCAUCAUCAGCUGAAUUUGUGCAAGAAGAUGACGAGGACGAUGACGAUUCAGAUGAUGAGGAAAGCGACUUUGAAGAUGACUUUGAAGAGGAGGGUGUGUUUGAUGUUGAUGAAGAAGAUGGCGGUGACGACGAUGACGACGAUGAAGAUGCGCCUAGCUGGUCCAACCUUGAAACCUUGAAUUCGUGCCAUCCACUGUACUUUGCAAGGAUGAUCGUAGAGAGUGCGAAUAAAUCUAGUAUAGAUUGGUUGGACCGGCCACCUGCUAGCCUUGUUGUUGAGGGUCAGCUGAGACCUGCCUUUGCUGAAGAGAGCACCAUGGUUUCCAGGCAUUUAUUGAAUGGUGAUGAACCACUGAAAGAUAGAAAGGAGAGUGGGGCUACAUUUUUCAAGGUCGAAGUUCUGAGCAUUGAGCUCAUCACUGCAUAUGGAACUGAGCCAAAGGUAAAGAUAGAAGAAUACCGGAGAUCUAGGCCGGACAUCAUCGCACAUUCGGCACCAAACAUAAUAUCGCGCUUGAGAGCUGGUGGAGACAAGAUAACACAAGCUCUGAAAUCACUCUGUUGGAGGUGCAAGGCCAUUAAAGUAGAGGAAGCAGCAAUUAUCGGCGUGGACUGCCUCGGGUUUGACUUGAGACUAUGCUCAGGAACACAAGUGCAGACACUGAGAUUUGCUUUCCCUACAAAGGCUACUUCAGAGUUCAGCGCAGAGAAGCAAAUACAUGAACUUCUCUUUCCUAGGAUACAUCAAGAAGGGCAGUCACCACAAACCCAGCAGAAAGAGUCUUGAUGUAAUCGGGAUAUGAAUUUUAUUCAUUUAGCGGGGAAAUUAGUUUAGCUAAAUAAAUUAGCCAUCUUCAUGAAAUUAUGGUAUAUUUCUAUAUUACAUUACGUAUAAGCAGCCAAAAAAAAAUGGAGCACGUUGACCAGUCAUGCUCGACGUACUAGAGAAACAGGUUUCCAGGCGUGGGUGAUCCUUUUCCUAGUUUAGACAAUUGAGGUGUAAAGUAAACUAUUUUUUUACAGUUUUUUUCGGGACAUGGUAACAUUUUUUUGACA